GUCGUUCUUUCGUUGUUUGGAUUCGUAUGCGAUGCCUUGCCAGGUGUAAAACAAUCAGUUUCUGCCUUUGGGUAGAUGCAAAUGGUCUAGACAUGCUUAUCUUCAACAUGUUGUGCAUUGUAUUGUGUCUGCUCCCAUCAGUAAACGCGUACUCGUACAUCAAAGGAGAGACCCCAACUGAGGCACCCUGCCCAGGCUACUACUGCGGCCGUAUUCGUCAGGACAACGGCAACUGGAGCUCCUGCCAGUCAUGUCCUCGUGGUUACAGAACGAAUGAGUCGUCUUCUUGCGCGCUUUGUGAUUCAGAGCCGACCUUCUACGAUGGAAUGUACCUGGGGUUUAUGGCCAUGCUUUCUCUGCUGAUGCACUGGUACUGCAUCGACAGGCACGCCAUGAGUGGGAGGUUUACGGCCGGUAUUCUGGUGCAGCACGUCUGUGCGCUGGCCGAGUCCGUGCUGGCCGCCGUCGGCACGCUGCUGCUGACCGAGCCGGUGGGCGCUUUCCGCGUGACCUCGUGCCGCGUGACCUCGCUGGCCGACUGGUACACGGUCGUCUACAACCCGACGCCCAACUACGAGCAGACGCUCAGCUGCACCCAGGAGGCCGUCUUCCCACUGUACAGCAUGGUGUUCCUGUACUACACGCUGUCGCUGGUUGCCAUGGUGACGGUGCGGCCGUGGCUGGCCGUGCGCUACCUGCCGGGCCGUGGCUCGCGCGCCGUCUUCACCGCCCUCUACUUCUUUCCGACGCUGGUGCUGGUGCACGCCGUGUUCGCCGGCAUACUCUACACGAUCUUCCCGUACCUGGUGAUGGUGGUGUCGGUGAUCUCCGUGGCCGUGCACUUCGCCUGCCAGCUGAACCAGCAGAUGAGCUACCUGCUGCGCUCGACGGUGUCGGAGCUGCGCAACACCGUCAUCGUGCUGGGCCACUGGCUGCUGCACGCCUACGGCAUCAUCGCCGUCACGCAGCUGACGCGGCCGCUGCUGCACUCGCUGAUGCUGCUUCUCGUCCCCUUCCCCACCAUCUUCUACAUCGUCACAGUCCGCUUCACCGACCCCACGCGCACCGGCAGUACGUGAGGUGGCGCCGGCGGCGCGCAGACUUUUAUAGAUGGUGCUGGCCGCGCGCAGGCUCGUUAUAGGUGGCGCUGGCGGCGCGCCCGGGACUUCGUCCACACGUGGGGUGGUGCGUUCGGGUCACGUGUGUGGCCAUGGCCUGGGCGCUGGUCGCCAUGCGGGAGACGCGUGGUAACCGUCGUGUCACGCCGACCGUGCGUGCACCACCUGCCACUGAGUGUGUCUGUUUUGUGGUGUUGCUCGGCCUCGGGUCCGGGCUGGGAUGACGAAGCAUGGCAGUGGGACUGGACUUGCCCUCGUGUCAUAGCUCGCCGUCCUGGACCGCUCGCAGCGUGCGGUAGUGCGCUGUUACGCGUGACGCGGUCUCAGCACGGCAGGCUGUGUGCCCCUGCACGUGGGAUCUGUCGUGGAGCUGGCGCUCUGCCCGCGAGUGUCGCUGUCACCGAACUUGCGCGCGGUGGAAGCGCUGAGCUGCACAUGGUCGAUCGGUGCAUGGUGGCGGCGUUCCGCGCUGCUAGUGCCACAUACCAACGGAAGGUGGCGCCAUUGGAAGGGUGCCCUCCAGAAACAGUGCAUCGCAAUAGGCCAACAUUGGCGUGCUGUCGUCGCCCGAGUUUACCGAACGUGCAAGGCAAUGUCUCCGUCGUCAUGGUAACGAAUGAGCGGUACGUGCUCUGCUCGAAGCAACUGCUCGAAGGAGCCUGUUGAUCCGUGGUGGGUAUCCGCACAUUUUCAGGUGUUUUAGGAGUGGUGUACGUGUGUGAGAUCGAUUUUGAGUAAUGUCUCAUGAUUAUCGUGCUUUCAUCAUGUCUUUGAUGUACUCUACAGUGAAGUCCACAUUGAUGUGCGAUGUCCUCCGUGUCCGUGGGUCAUCUUAUGCCGUGUAAUAUAACACGUGCAAUCAUCGAAGUGAG